UAAAAAUAUUGUGACGACCACAUUUAUAUAGCAACGACUAUAGACAAUAUUUUCUUCUGUACAGCAACAGAAUGAAAUAAGACUUUUUCAGUACAGUUCAGGUGGAAAAGCAGAACAUUAGAGCCAGAGGAGGAAAUUAUGGACGUGACAAGACAAGACGAAGCAGGAUUAUUUCCAAGACUACAACAAAGAACACAAUAUUCAUUCACCGUACAAUGGACGUACAUACGAGAUGAAGAAUGGAUGCCAGUUGAUCAUUUCUUAAUUGAAUACAACAGUUCAAAAGAACCAGAGUAUAAGCAUAUUGAACUACGACGAGACGAGAGAGUGCGCACAAUAAAUGAUUGCAGAUCAGGAACGAAGUAUUCUGUUACUAUCACAUCAAUUGAUAUUAAUGGAAAAGCAAUCAUCAGAGCGAAGCCUCUUAUUGUUGAAACCUCUGCGCCGAUCAAACGACCCAUAUUAAAACUAUUACACAAUGAACCUGGUGCCAUAACAAUUGGUUGGAACGUACCUCAAGAGUUUGGUGAUGGAAAAAUUAAAGAAUACGAGCUUCAGGUGAAUGGCCAAGAUUAUGCAAAAGUCAUUUCCACACAGAACGAAGUGACGUACACAGACUGCAGACCACUCAGAACUUACACAUUCAGGUUACAAGCAAUUUCCAGACUAGCAGAUUGCAACAGUGACUUCUCCCAUGUUCUUGAUGUCACAUGUCCUGGAGCUCUACCAAUCACAUUGGAGCGUGCUCAUUGCCGCAAUGUUAAUAAAGUCAAGGUUGCCUGGAACAGACCUAUAUGCCAAGGAGGAGCAAGAGUUAGAGAAUAUCAGCUUUAUUAUCUCAAAACAAAUGAUGCUAAUUAUCGGCCAAGCAAAGAAGAAAUAAUGAAAAGUGAAGCAAGCAUUUUGCACACAUUGUCUCCUGCUUCUGUUGAAGACUCCCUAAAAGUUGAAGCAGAUAAAUAUUAUUGGGCAUUUCUUGAGGCAGAGAUUGUGCCAGAUGGCUGUCCUAAUAUUAUAACACCAUCAAUACAGUUACACACAACAAAGAAGCCAUUACCACCUGAAAUCAGUGUUGAUAUUUAUGGUCUUAAAGAACGACAGGCUUAUGGCAAGGAAAUAGAUUAUCUGGUUGAUAAAAGAGAUCGGUGAGAAUAAGAUUUUAAUCCUUUGAGAGAAUACACGAAAACGACGACCGUAAUAUCACUAAAUGCAAAUAAAAGUUCAUUGUCAUUGACCAUACUGUGCACUGUACAGU